AUGAGUGCUGGCAAGGAUGUGCAAAAACUGAGACCCUCAGAGACUGCUGGCGAGAAGCUGCUCUGUGGCCUGGCUGGCCCCACACACCUCUUCCUGCGCCUGGUGCUGGACAUGGCCAAGGUCGUGCUGGGUAACUACUGCUUCCCGGAGAGCCUGAUGGGGAUGCAGGGAGCCAGGCAGGCCAUCAAGAGUCGGGAGAGCCUGGGCACCUCAGACCCUCAGACACUGGCCCACGUCCUGACGGCGGCAGGAGUGCAGAGCUCUUUGAAGGACCCCCGCCUGGUCACCUCCUAUGAGCCCACGGCAAGUCCCAGCACUCACCAACCUCACACAGAGGAACUGCUUGUCCGGCUACAGGGCAUCCGCCAUGACGUUCUGGAGGGCGACGUGGUCCUGCGGGUGGACGACAUCCCGAGCCAGGAGGUGGUGAGCAAGCUCGGGGGCUUCCUGGCGGCCAGCGUCUGGAGGGAGCUCAGGCACUGCACGGGGGGCCACAUUUCUGGCAUCCCCUACACCAUCUCCUACCUGCACCCAGGAAACCCGGCCCUGCACCUGGACGCCAUCUAUGACCAGCCCCUCCCCGCCCCCAAUACAACCACCGAGAUCGGGACCUGCCCCAGGUCCUGGGGGGGGAGCAGGUACAGCGAUCACAAGGACAUGGUGGUCCUCACCAGCGGCCGCACCCGCCGGAGUAGGGAGGACACCGCGCACAUCCUCAGCGGUGCGGGGCCAUCGUGCGGGCUGGCCGAGGAGGCCCUCAGGGCCCAACAGGUGCUGGCGUUCCACCGGGGCCUGGGGCCUGGUAAAGGGCACGCGUGUCUGCUGGAGGCUCACUAUGCACAGCCUGUCGGGCAGAUAGGAGACCUGCUAUGAAACAAGCUGGCCAGAGCCUACCGCACAGCCAUGGACCUGGAGUCCGUGGCUUCCCAGCUCACGGCUGACCUGUAAGAGGUGUCUGUCUGGAGACUACCAUGCUCUGGUGCUGCACAACCUUAGGGGCUGGCACCAGAGGAGGCGCCCCCUCUCCUGCCGGCUCCUCCCCCAGGAGCCCUCCUACCUCAUCGGGCCCUGUUCAAGACGAGGUGCUGCCAGCCCGCUGGGCUACUUGCGCUUUGAGCCAUGGCUGAGCUGGAGACCAUGAAGGUCGGGCCGCAGCUGACGCUGCUGGUGUGGCAGAGGCUGGUGGACACGACCGCCGUGCUGGUCAUCGAUCUGCGCUACAACCCUGGCAGCUACUCCAUGGAGGGGCCCCUGCUCUGUUCCUACUUUCCUGAGGCAGAGCCCCGCCAGUACCUCUACUCUGUCUUUGGCAGGGCCACCUCGAGGGUCACAGAGGCGGCCCUUCCCCAGGUGACUGGUCAGCGCUACACCCACAAGGACCUGCACAUCCUGAUGAGCCACACCAGCAGGUCGGCAACGAAGGCUUUUGCUCACACCAUGCAGGACCUGCGGCAGGCCACCGUCAUCAGGGAGCCCACGGCUGGAGGGGCCCUCUCUGUGGGCAUCUACCAGGUGGGCAGAAGUCCCUUAUAUGCCUCCAUGCCCACGCCGAUGGCCCUGAGCACCAGCACUGGCAAGACCUGGGUGGCAGGAGGAGAGCCUGACAUCACCGUGCCCACGAGCGAGGCCCUCUAUGCCCAGGACAUAGCGGGCCUGCGCGCCAAGGUGCCCCCUGUGCUGCAGACCGCCGGAACGGUCAUGGAUAACUAUGCCUCCCCUGAUGUGGCUGCCAAACUGAGCCAUCUGCAGAGCUGUUAUUCGAGGGUGACCUCUGAAGGGGCACUGGCUGAGACUGGGGCUGACCUGCAGGUGCUGUCUGGGGGCCCACACCUGAAGACAGCCCAGAUUCCUGAGGAUCAUGCCCAUGCAGGACCCACACCAGGCCACACCCUGCCAGGCUCUCUGCAGUUAGAAGAGGAGAGGAAAGGCGGCCUCCGCUGUCAGGAUCCUGAGGCUCGGCUCAGCCCCACCUGGGAAGCAGGGCCGGGCACCUCUCCAGGAGGAGUGUGA